UCCUGCAGCCGCGCGGCGCGGCUCCCGGGACGGCUCGGACUCGCGCGGCCGCCGGGCUGCUGCGCUCCGUGGGAGAGGCGGGCCGCCGCCUCGGCCGGCUCGCUGCCCUUCCGCGCGCCCCGCUCUCGGUCUAGGACCUCGGGAGGAAGAGUGUCCGGGACCCCUGCGCGGUGUUUCAGAGGGCGCUGAGCCGCCGAGGUAGAAGAAUACAUGUUCACUUUUAGUGAACAAGAGCAUGUUCCCAAACUCAAUUUUGGGUCGCCCGCCUUUCACCCCAAGCCAUCAACAGCAUAAUAACUUCUUUGCCCUGUCGCCACCUCUUUACUCACACCAGCAGCUUAUAGAUGCACAGUUCAAUUUUCAGAAUACAGACUUGUCAAGAGCUGUGUCUUUACAGCAAUUGACAUAUGGAAAUGUCAGUCCAAUACAGACCUCAACUUCUCCGUUAUUUCGAGGAAGGAAGAGAUUAAGCGAUGAAAAAAACCUUCCUCUUGACGGUAAACGGCAACGUUUCCAUUCACCCCACCAAGAACCAACUAUAGUUAACCACAUAGUGCCUUUAUCAGGUGAAAGAAGAUACUCAAUGCCGCCAUUGUUUCAUACACACUAUGUACCAGAUAUAGUCAGAUGUGUUCCACCUUUUCGAGAAAUACCAUUUUUAGAACCUAGAGAAAUCACACUGCCUGAGGCCAAAGAUAAGUUGAGUCAGCAGAUACUGGAGUUAUUUGAAGCAUGUCAGCAGCAAGUAAGUGAUUUAAAGAAGAAAGAAUUGUGUCGAACACAGCUGCAGAGAGAAAUUCAGCUGUUAUUUCCACAAAGCAGACUUUUUUUGGUUGGGUCCUCUUUAAAUGGAUUUGGUACCCGGAGCAGUGAUGGUGAUUUAUGCCUAGUUGUUAAAGAAGAACCAUGUUUUUUUCAGGUAAAUCAGAAGACUGAAGCACGGCAUAUACUCACCUUAGUCCUUAAACACUUCUGUACUAGACUUUCUGGCUACAUUGAGAGACCUCAGCUGAUUAGAGCAAAAGUGCCAAUUGUGAAGUUCAGGGAUAAAGUCAGUUGUGUGGAAUUCGACUUGAAUGUAAACAAUAUUGUUGGAAUAAGAAACACAUUCCUUCUCAGAACUUCAUACCUUGAAAAUCGAGUUCGUCCCUUAGUACUGGUGAUUAAGAAGUGGGCGAGUCACCAUGAAAUAAAUGAUGCCAGUCGUGGUACUUUAAGCAGCUAUAGUCUUGUAUUGAUGGUUUUGCACUAUUUACAAACCCUACCUGAACCCAUCCUUCCAUCCAUCCAAAAAAUUUACCCAGAAUCUUUUAGUCCGGCUAUACAGCUGCACCUUGUACAUCAAGCUCCAUGUAAUGUUCCUCCUUACCUCUCGAAGAAUGAAUCAAAUCUUGGGGACCUCUUACUGGGCUUUCUUAAAUAUUAUGCUACGGAAUUUGACUGGAACAGUCAAAUGAUUUCAGUUCGUGAAGCCAAAGCCAUUCCCAGGCCUGAUGGUAUUGAGUGGAGAAAUAAAUACAUCUGUGUAGAAGAACCUUUUGAUGGAACAAAUACAGCCAGAGCUGUGCAUGAGAAGCAGAAAUUUGACGUGAUCAAGGAUCAGUUUUUAAAGUCAUGGCACAGAUUGAAAAACAAAAGAGAUUUGAACAGUAUACUACCUUUAAGAGCUGCUAUCCUGAAAAGAUAACUGGCCUCUAUUUCUUAAUAAAUUCUUCUGAGAAAUAAAGAACAAUAGUAACAUCAUAAUGCUUUUGUUUACCUCCAUCAUGGUUUCUUUUUAAUUGUUCUUGUUUUCAUGUUUUAUUUUUAAGAGAACAUACUUAUAUAAAGAUUACAUAUUUUAUUAUGACAUUUCCUAAUA